CGAAAUAUGAAUUUGCAUUGUACAUUAGAUGUUCGACCAAAUGUCUGAACGAAGUUGUUUGUGUUGUUUAACUCUCAGAUGCUCACUCCCUCGCCGAUUACCUCAACAGCUCUUCAAGACAUCCUCUCACACUGCAAAACAAUCAGACACAUCAAACAACUCCACGCCCACAUCCUCCGUACAGUCUCCGACCAUCACCAACUCAACACCUUUCUCUUCAACCUCUCCUCUUCUUCUUCCUCAAUCAGUUUAAACUACUCCCUCUCCCUCUUCUCAUCUCUCCCCUCUCCACCGAAACCCUUCCUCUUCAAUCUCCUUCUCCGUAACCUCUCUCGUUCACCUCAACCCAGAGCAACGAUCCUCUUCUACCAGAGGAUCAGACAUGCGGGUGGUCGUCUCGAUCAGUUCAGUUUCACUCCGAUUCUUAAAGCAGCAUCGAAAGUCUCCGCCUUGUUCGAGGGUAUGGAGAUUCACGGCCUUGCGUUCAAGACAGCCACGCUUUCAGACCCGUUUGUGAAGACUGCUGUUAUGGAUAUGUACGCUUGUUGCGGUAGGAUUGUCGAGGCGCGCAAGGUGUUCGAUGAAAUGUCUCAUAGAGAUGUUGUUACGUGGAAUACUAUGAUUGAGAGGUAUUGCCGAUGCGGGUUUUUAGAUGAAGCUUUUAAGCUUUUUGAGGAGAUGAAGUGUUCUAAUGUGAUGCCAGAUGAGAUGAUUCUCUGUAACAUUGUUUCCGCAUGUGCUCGUAUUGGGAAUACGAGAUAUAACGGAGUUAUUUACGAGUUUUUGAAAGGGAAUGAUGUUAAGAUGGAUGCUCAUUUGCUGACUGCUCUUGUGACAAUGUAUGCUGGAGCAGGAUCUAUGGAUAUAGCAAGGGAGUUUUAUAAGAUGAUGUCGGUGAGAAGCUUGUUUGUUUCGACAGCUAUGGUUUCCGGGUUCUCAAAAGCUGGGAGGCUCGAGGAUGCUAGGGACGUAUUUGACGAAAUGGAGGAGAAGGAUUUGGUGUGUUGGACGACGAUGAUUUCAGCUUAUGCUGAGAGUGAUCAUCCUGAAGAAGCUUUAAGAGUUUUCGAGGAAAUGUGUCGCUAUGGGACAGAGCCUGAUGAGAUUGCAAUGGGGAGUGUUGUAUCAGCUUGUGCAAGCCUCGGUGUUCUGGAAAAGGGGAAAUGGGUUCAUGAGUACACGCGUUUUAACGGGUUUGAGUCCUCUUUGACAGUGAAUAAUGCUCUCAUUAACAUGUAUGCGAAAUGUGGAGGUUUGGAUGCAGCGAGAGAUGUGUUCGAGAAGAUGCCAACGAGGAAUGUAGUGUCAUGGAGCUCUAUGAUCAAUGCCUUUUCUAUCCAUGGGGAAGCCAAUGAUGCGCUUACCUUAUUCAAUCAAAUGAAACAUGAAAAUGUUGAGCCCAAUGAUGUUACUUUUGUAGGUGUGCUCUAUGGUUGUAGCCACGCAGGGUUAGUCGAAGAAGGCAAGAAGAUCUUUGCAUCAAUGACUGAUGAAUACAACGUUACUCCUAAGCUUGAGCAUUAUGGAUGCAUGGUGGAUCUCUUUGGUCGCGCUAAUCGUUUACCAGAAGCUCUUGAGGUUAUAGAAUCAAUGCCAAUGGCGCCUAACGUAGUCAUAUGGGGAUCACUGAUGUCAGCUUGUAGGGUUCACGGAAUGCUUGAGCUAGGUGAACUUGCAGCCAAGCAGAUUCUCGAGCUGGAACCUGAUCAUGACGGGGCUCUUGUGCUAAUGUCAAAUAUUUACGCGAGAGAACAGAGAUGGGACGAUGUAAGGAAUGUAAGACGAGGAAUGGAGGAAAAGAAUGUGUUAAAGGAGAAGGGUCUUAGCCGGAUUGACUUGAACGGGGAAUCGCAUGAGUUUCUCAUUGGUGACAAAAGACAUAAGGAAUCAGAUGAGAUUUACGCAAAGCUAAAAGAGGUUGUAAAUGAACUGAAGCUGGUGAGUUAUGUUCCAGACUGUGGUAGUGUUUUGGUGGAUGUAUAGGAAGGGAGAGAAGAAGGAUUUGGUUCUAUGUCAUAGCAAAAGGCUCUGGUUCCGUUUGAUGAAUGAGGAGGGAGAAGAAGAGAAAGACUCGAGCCUUGUUAUUCGGAUAGUGAAGAAUCUGAGAGUAUGUGAGGAUUGUAACACUUGUUUAAUAUGGUCUCUAAAGUGUAUGAACGGGGAGAUUAUAGUGAGAGCUCGAACAAGGUUUCACCGUUAUAAAGACGGCUUGUGUUUUUGCAGAGAUUACUGGUAAUGGGCAAAAAUCUUUAAG